AUGCCCACUGAUGCCCAGGUAUUCGCUGAUCUCCUCAAAUUGUGUGCCCAAUCGAAGGAUCUCAGCACUGGCAAGCAAAUUCACCAGAGGAUCAUUCACAGCCGCCUUGAUCGCAAUCGCUACCUUUGCAAUCUUCUCAUCGAUAUGUAUGGGAAAUGCGGAAGCAUCCAAGGCGCGAGAUUGGUGUUCCAAGCAAUUGACAAGCCCAAUCCUUUUACCUGGAACAUUGUCAUAGCUGCAAAUGCCGCGAAUGGGCAUUUGGAAGAGGCCCGUAGCCUCUUCGAUCGAAUGCCCAAAAGAAACUCCGUGUCGUGGAACACGAUUAUCUCCGCUUACGCCCAGCACGGCAGAUUAGACGAUGCCUGCCAUCUCUUCGCCCAGAUCCCCGAUGAGCAGCGCGACGAGAUAUCCUGGAACGCAAUCGUCCAGGCUUGUGCUCUAAACGGGCGCUUGGAUCGAGCGCAGGAGCUAUUUUAUACGGUGAGGUCUCGUUCGGAGUGA